AUGUCUCAUGCAGAGCCUACCGGUACUUGUGAGAGGACUCUGGAACCUGUCUGGCUUCCAUGCAAAGAUCAGCCAAUUGGGGGAACUUUGAGCCAAAGAUUGCUCUACGCUACAAAUAACAGCGAUCGUGACUGGUUCCUGAGACUUGCAACCGCGAUAAUGGGACAUGCUGCCCUCCAAGGCUAUGCCCUGAUGUUGUUUUAUCUCUUUGUCCUGGCCCUGGAGGUGGCAAGAGCUGGAAAUGAAAAGAUUGGAGCAGGACAGUCCCAAUGGAAAGCCCCUGGAUUGUAUUCGCCCGCUGGCCUACUAGCCGUUUUGGUGCUUGACGAUUCAAAGGAGGAAGAGUCGCACGACCUGAAAAUGGUAAUCAGCCAGCUGGAAAGCAACUGGAUGCUCUCCCCACGCAAUACGCUAAAUGUGACACGGGGCUAUUGGUGCGGCCUGAAUUCACAGAAUAUCCACACAGUCUUCCACCCAGGGCAGGAGGGGACGAUUGAGUCUCGUUCCAGUAGUAACUACGUGCCCCUUGCUAACUACACAUCACUGUUUCACAAUUUUAUUGAAUGCAGGAAGCAAAUCAAUAAAUACUACUUGCAGCCCUGGGCACAAGGUAUUUUCUUGUCACGCGACCCUGACCUUGAGGAUCUGCCUGGCGCUAAGCCCCCAGAUAUGUCGGGUACGCAGGCUGGGAUUGAUGUGGAGCCUGGUAACAAGAUCAACAACGACAUUCUCAAGAACGGCAGCCGUGUUCUAGAACCCAGCUCGAGUGUUCAUAUAGAGUCGGCUACAUUGAGAUCAAACCCUUUAGGGGCGAAAAGAGACCCUAUUGAUAGCCUCGCCACAAAACGUCUCAGGCACAUCACAAGUGCAGACUCUCGAGAGUCUACCGCCGAAUUUCAAACAGGCCUAGUGAUCAAAAUGCGGGAACUUGGGGCCCGAAAUAACCACCUCACUACUAUGCUGAAUGGUCCCACACCCGAGAACGCGGGAACCGAACUGCAGGAUCCACCCCUACGGGGACUUAGAGGCCGACUUCACGACCUUAGAACUUCUGCACAGAAUGAUCGCAAAUUCGUGAACGCGCAAUUAGAUUUGAUUCAAUCACAGAAUGCAGAAACCGAGCUGCAGAAUUCAAAUCUCUUCAGGCCGCUCGAGACGGACGACCAGACAGUCAAGCAAGGUUUUAAGCAAAGUUUGGAGAAGGUCAACAAUGAUAUGCAAGAGAAGCCGAACGCCCAUGACCUCGGACUCGAGCAGCAGCAAGACAGGCUACUACUCCUCUCGCGUCCGUGA